CUCCAAUCAGCAUCGCUUUUCGUGUCUGUGUCUCUUAGUUCGUGGCGUUUAUUGAUUUGUGGGGUUUUUUUCAUUUGGAAAAAGCUGCUGACUUCACUGUGUGUCUUUCAUCAGCUUCUGCUUUCAUCGCUGGGUUUUAUUUGACACAGGCGGGAUGCAGAGUUUUUGAGACUUUCUCUGGGAGUUUUUUUAAGAGUUGUUUUUUUUUUUUUUUUAAACCAUGGCGUGUGGCGGAAACGGCAUGUCCGAUGAGAGGAUAGGGGAAGCACUGAUCAAGGAGGUCAUAGAGGAGGAGCUGAAGGACGUACCCUCAGAGGACGUCCCACCCCUCACUCCACUGGCUGUGAAAGUGCAGACUGAGCAGGAGCAGAAGGUGGUUAGCCAGCUGAGCAAAAUGGUCCGCAUCAUUGGUGACAGAGUGCAGGGCGACAUGGAGCUCCAAGAUGCAAUAGAUGGAGUGGCACAAUGCUCUGGUUCCAUGGGGGACAGAUUUACGGAAGUGGCACACCAAGUGUUUGAACAUGGGAUCACCUGGGAGAAGAUCGCUGUGCUCUUCUAUGUUGCUGGCAGGCUGGCUGUCAGGAUGGUGGAAGCUCAUCUCCCUCAGUCGGUGAGGGAGAUCCUGAUGUGGACUGUGGAUUUCUUCAAAAACAACCUCCUGAACUGGAUUCGGGAACAUGGAGGAUGGAUCAACAGUUUCUCAGAGCUGGCGAUGGCUUCCAUGCAGAGCAUUUCAUUCAUGAGCUCUCAGAGAGUGCCGCUUGUCAUCAUCUUUAUUGCCGGCCUGGCUCUUGGAAGCUUCAUCACCUGGAAACUGACCAGAUGACUCUUGAGAAACACGUGCACACUCACAUAUACACCAUAAUGAUAAGACUGUAAUUUUUUUUACCUGAGGGUUUAUCAUUCUGUCCAGAUGCCAUCAUGUCCUGAUCACUUGUUGCCAUAAGAUGGUUUAAACAUAUGCUUGUAAAUGGGUCUCACACAUACACUCCACUUUUCUACUUUUGUAAUGUUAUCUAUGCAAAACAUGAAAACUUGAAAGAGACAACACUAUGUCAAAGAUAGUCACAUAUUUUCAUAAUCAUCAAAGACGUACCGUAUCAUGUUAAAGAGAUACUCUGCUUUCAGAGUAAUUAUGAGACUGAAACAGGUUUAAUCAUUCCUCUUUUUCAUACUGGCCAUUAGUGUUAUCACGUUAUAUCUGCAACAAUGCAGUUAAUUCAGUCAUAACAAUUAACAUUCUGAUUAACAGCUGAUGGAUUGCGGGUGUGUGUGUGUGUGUGUGUGU